AAGUUUAUUAUUUUCACCUAUUCUAUCAUGUCAUCCUUCAUUCUUCUCACAAUUGCCAUUGAAAGGUUUCGAAGUAUAUGUUGUCCACUUAGUAAACAAAUGAAUCCAAAACUACGCAAUACUCUCGUUAUUUUCAUAACUGUAACAUCUCUUGCAUUGAUACUGCCACCUGUUAUCUACAUUGAAAGUGUUCCCUUUUCCCAUGAAGAGAUGUAUAGCUGUGACUUUCAAGGGUCAUUCCUCUGGCCAUAUCGUCUCAUAGCAUUAAUUAUUCAGUGUAUUCUUGUCCUAAGCAUGACUGUGCUCUAUUCAUUUGUUCAGAAGACUAUUAAUCAGCAUUUGAUGAAAAAGCAAAGUAAAAAAUCUUUCCAACAAGAACAAAUCAAUCGCACAAGCAUUAUACUUUUCUCUGUCUCAGUUUUAUACUUUGUUAGUUUCACACCAACCCUUCUCUUUUGUGCCAUGUAUCCAUACUGCAGAGAUUCUAUCCUGUUACAAAUUUUUAAAGUAAUUUUAUAUCGUUCUUGGAUACUAAAUUCAUCCUUAAAUUCCAUAGUGUAUGGAUUCUGUAACAAAAUUUUCUGGAAAAGUUUUGUAAAUAUAUUUAGUAGGGAUAAAAGUGACUUUAAAAUGUAUGAGAAAUUUUAGGAUUUGGUUUAGACCACACAUUCAAUAGAGAGGAAUUCUUUCACAUACCAGAAGUAUUUUCUUUGCUGACCAUUUCCAACAAAAUGCAUUUAAAAAAUUUUUUGUAAUAUUGAAAAUACGAGCUCAAAGCUUUAGGUAUUUAAUGAAAUAACCAACUUUUCCAUUUUAUUCUAUCCUAAUGUUUGGAGAAUUAUAUUUUCUUUCAUAAAAUUGGAAAGUUUUGAUUUUAACCCUGUCAGCAUGGAAAGUGGAUGUUAAAUGAUGAUGAUGAUGAUGAUGAACCUUUUAAAAUAUGCUGUUUCUAUCCUUGAUCCAGUGUCAGUCUAAGGUAGGUUAGUAUCAGAAAGGCCUAUUUGAACACCUCAACAGUUUCUCUGUUACAUAUUUAUUCUAGCUUCUGUUGUAGUUUUAUACUUUCUGUAGACCCAUAGCUGUGUAUCAAAGUUCUCUUUUAAACUCCAAACUAUUUGGAACCUACAAUUUCUGAAUUACAUAUUAAAUCUGCACUAAAAAAAUACUGGAUAAACAAUAUUGUUGCUCUUGUCGCAGUCAUCAUCAUCACCGUUUUUGUGUUUGUGUGUUAAUAUGUUUGAUAUAUUCAAUUUAUGGAACACAUCCUGUUCUUAAAUGUGCAGAGCUGAAUAAUUUUAUAUUUUGGAGAUUGUAGUUAAUGGAUGUAUUGAAUUUUGUUUCCUAUGUUUUAUCUUGUUUAGCUCCACAUCAUUCUGAAUUGACAAGACCUAUUUUUUUUCCUGCCAAAUCCUUUAUUUUAUCUUACCCUUCCAGUGCUAGAUAAAAUAUUGUGCCAUUCAAGUACUGGUGUGGUUAGCAUCAAUUUACUUCAACUCCUCAAAACUAUUGGGCUUGUAUCUAAAUUAGAGAUUAUUAUUGCUGUUGUUGUUAAUGUGGUGAGCUGGCAGAAUCAUUUACAUGCUUAAAUUCUGUUGAGGUCUACGUUGUUUUUCAUCCUUUCAAGGUCAAGGAAAUAAAUGCCAGUCAACCACUGUAGUCUCUGUUAAUUGUUCAUACCCCUUGCCCAAAAUUUCAGGCAUGUGCCUAUAGUAGAAAGAUUUAUUGCUGUUGUUUUUAUCGUCAGAUUUGGCUUGCCUUGUGUGAAAAUGUUCUUUCCCUCACUUUUUGAGACAUGAUUCAUUCAAGCAUUAUUAAAUUAAUUUUUCUGUAGGAACUUGCAAAAAUGAGCUUUGAUCAUGUAAAGGAAGCCUACCCUUAAUACCCAAGAAUAGACAAAAACAACAAAAAAUAGAUGUUUUAAAAUCUUUAGAAAAUGUUUUUAAGCACAUUACAUUUUCAUGUCAAAAAUGAUUGCUAUGAGGUUGAACAUUGCAGUAGCAACAAAUAAUAAUAGUAACAUUAAUAAUUAUAAUAAUAAUAAUCCUUUCUGCUAUAGGCACAAGGCCUGAAAUUUGUGGGGAGGGGAUAAGUCAAUCAUAUUGACCUCAGUGUUCAACUGGUACUUCAUUUAAAGAGCAACCAAGCUUCACCCUUUUUCAAAAAACUGAACAAAAAUUUAAUAGAUAUAGCUUCUCAUCUGUGGUGCUACAAACAUUCCAAAGAAGUUAGAAUGAUAUACAAGUGAUAAGUUCAAAAUAUGAACAACAUGUAAAAGAUAGAUUCUUAGUAAAAUUCAAAUAAAAUCACUACAAGCAACAUGGAACAUAACCCCAAAUAUGUCAAAAAUGCUUACUGGUUGAUUUAGUUGCACAUUGAGACAACUCGAGAAAUAUUUAAACAAAUAGGGGCUGCAAUAAGGGUGGAGCACUUGCAGAAAACAGCACUGCUUGGGACCGCUCGAAUACUCCAUAAGGUGCUUGAAAAAUAAGAGGUUACCCUAGUUUACUGGUAGUGAACAGCUGACACUAUAGUACAUCUCCAGAGUUAGAAGCUAUGCAAAGGCAACAACAACAACAACAAUAGUAAUAAUGGUUUCAAAUUUUGUCACAAGGGUAGCAAUUUGGAGAAGGGGAUGAGUUGAUUACAUCAACCCCAAUGUUCAACUGCUACUUAUUUUAUCAACCCCAAAAGUUGAAAGGCAAAGUUAACCUCAGUGGAAUUUCAACUCAAAACAUAAAGAGGGACAAAAUACUACUAUGCAUUUUGCCCAGUGUGCUAACAUUCCUGCUAGCUUGCCACCCUAUAUAAUAAUAAUAAUGACAGCAAUGACGGUGGCAGCGGCAGCAGCUGCCCUGAUGCAGUACCAGGCAGUGACUCUCAUGGCUUCUGAUCUUAACUGAUUGGAAGUGUUAUCAUGUACAUUGUUUUGUCUUGGUAUAAAAGAUGGACUACAGCAAAUAUUCUGCUCAAUACCACAGAUUUGCUUGUCAGCUGUUUGACCAUAACCAGUUGAGCAUGUCCUUUAGUCGCUGACAAUAUGUGCAUCUCUGAUCACAAGCAGAGGUAGUGGGGGAGCAUCAUAGCCACGUAUUGAGACGACUUCUUUGGGGUUUGAAUAAUUCAACUCUGAAAACAUGGGUGUUUCGUUCAACAUCCUUAAACAACCCUCAUUCAGGGACCUUUUCUGCUGGAUGGGCUACUCGACUUGAUGAAAAUUCUAAUUGGGCCCCACCUGCUAGGUCAUGUGCUGUUUAUUUUGAUAUGAGAUCACCAUGUCAUGCACAUACAGUUGUGAUGCACGUGCCUGAUGUACCAUUAUGAGUUGGGUAGUCAUGGUGGGGAUACUGGGCUUCGUAUAUUUUACACCAGUGUCACUUGAUCACAUGCACUGCUCUCUCACUCAAUAAUAAUGAUGAUAAUUAUAAAUUCUGAUAUCAGCACAAGGAAUUUUAUAUUGUGUGUGGAGCAUAUAAUUGUGAUCCUGUUGGCCUCAUCUACUUGAUGGAAUCUUAUAUCAUGAAUAAACAUAGAAAAAUGAAAUUCUGUGUUCAUGCUAUGAGGGAAUUAGUCAGUACCAGUAGUCCCAGGACUUCACUGGUACUUAAAUCCACCCCUGAAAGAAUGAAGCACCCACUUGAAAUUUGCUGGCUAGGGACCAACACCAUAAAGUGCUGACACAAAUGCCACAAAACUUUUCUGCUAUGUUCUAAAGAUUGUGUCAUUUAAAGGCUCACUGCCUUUAAAUAGGGUCUUUGAUUUAGACAGAAGGCCAGCAGUUUGAAGAGGAAGGUGUGAGUCAAUACCAUUGGUGCCAGUACUUGAUUGAUACAUUGUUUCAACCAUAGAGAUUUGAAAGGCAAAUUUGGCCUCAGCAAGGUUUGAACUUAGUUGGAAGAAAUACCUAAAUAAUUUUUUUCCCACUGAUAUUUUGUUUCUGGUCAUCAUCACUAAAUAGUGUAAUUUUGUAAAGUGAUAGUAUUAAAAUCAUUGUUGUUAAUCAUGUUUCAUAACUUGGUACAUAUAUGUGAUGUGAUGAUCUACUUUCAAACUAAUUAGUAAAAUUAAGCAGGAUGUAUUUUAGUCUGUAUAAUAUCUAUUUAAGCAAUUUAUCGAACAUAUUAUUGCAAAUUCCUUUGAAAUCUCUCUCUGACAAGUUUAUUCCACAUUGUGAUUGUAUUUCUAUAAGGACUCAGCUGAGAACAGAACUCCAAUACCAUCUCUAACAUAGAAGUUUAGAUUACAAAUGAUUUCCAGUCUACUGUUAAUGGACUAACCAAUUUACUUACCAUACGAUAUAUAUAUAUAUAUAUAUUUAUACUAAUACGAGCAUACAAAUAUAUACAUUUCAACAAUCAGCAUAUACACGUUAAACGUACUAAACUAUAAACUACCAACUUGUUUCAACAUGAAUGCAACCCAUUUGUCUGAUCUUGUUAUGUUUUCAAGAUUAGUUGUUUUCAGUAUCAUACCUUUCUUCCUAAUUGUGGGACUCAUUGGUAACAUGUUUGUGGUAUAUAUUUAUGGACGCCAAUCCCAGAAAAGCAACGUAGAAACAUUCAUUCUUGUACUAGCUGUCAUUGAUCUGAUUGGAUGUAUCUUUGGAAUGCCUCUGGAAAUGGCUGAACUUUAUCUUGCAAUUCAAUCAAAUUAUUUCUGUAAAAUAUACAAGUAUAUUGUCUACACCUGUUUUACAAUAUCGUCCUUCAUUCUUCUCACAGUUUCCAUUGAAAGGUUCAGAAAAAUAUGUUGUCCACUUGGAAAACAAAUUACCCCAAAUCUACUUCAGAUACUCAUUGUUUCCAUAACAAUAACAUCGGCCAUACAAAUAGUACCAGUUUUUAUCUAUAAUGAAGGUGUUCCCUUUACCUAUGAAAACAAGAUGUACAUGAUAUGUGACUGUGACCUUAGUAAGUCAUCUGUCUGGUCAUAUGCUCUAUCAGCCUUAAUUCUUCACAUUAUACUUUUCCUAACCAUGACUGUACUUUAUUCCUUUGUUUGGAAGACUAUUACUCAGCAUCUCAGGAAAAAGAAAAGUAAAGAAGGAGCUCGCAGACAACAAGGAAUCAAUCGCACAAUCAUUGUACUUAUCUCAAUCUCUGUUUUGUAUUUUGUCAGUUUUUCACCAUUCCUUGUCUUCUUAGUCAUAUAUCCAUACUGCAAAGAUUCUAAUUUGUUGCAGAUCUUUAAAUUAAUUUUAUAUCGUUCUUGGAUACUAAAUUCAUCCUUAAAUCCCAUUGUGUAUGGAUUCUGCAACAAAAAUUUCCGGAAAAGUUUUGUAAAUAUUUUUACUAGGGGUAAAAUUAUGUUUGAAAUGGAAGAGAAAUUUUAGGAUUUGGUUUACACCACACAUUCAAUAGAGAGGAAUUCUUUCAAGUAGAAGAAACAUUUUCUUUGCUGACCAUUUCCUAAGAAGAAUACUGUUUUCUUUCUUUUGUACAAUAUUGAAAAUAACUCAAAGUUUCAGAUAUUUUUAUAAAAUAACCAACUUUUUCAUUAUUUUUAUGAUGUUUGGAGAAUUAUAUUUUCUUUCGUAAAAUUGGAAAGGUUUGAUAUCAAACCAUGCCAGCAUGGAAAGCGAAUGUUAAAUGACGAUGAUGAUGAUGAUGAACCUUUUAAAAUAUGCUGUUUAUAUCCUUGAUCCAGUGUCAGUCUAAGGUAGGUUAGUAUCAGAAAGGCCUAUUUGAACACCUCAACAGUUUCUCUGUUACAUAUUUAUUCUAGCUUCUGUUGUAGUUUUAUACUUUCUGUAGACCCAUAACUGUGUAUCAAAGUUCUCUUUUAAACUCCAAACUAUUUGGAACCUACAGUUUCUGAAUUACAUAUUAAAUCUGCAUUAAAAAAAUACUGGAAAAAAAAAAUUGUUGCUGUUGGUGUUGGCACAGUCAUCAUCAUUAUCAUCAUCAUUAUUACCACCGUCUUCAUCAUCAUCAUAACUCUUAUGUAAACUUUUCCCUCCUUGAGUUAGUUGGUCAAGUCUUCUACACAGAAUUAUGUUAUUCCUGUAUUUGUAUCAACUUUUUUUAAAUCACAGAAGUUUUAGACUGGCCAACCCAUGGAGAUUAUCAUUAAUAUCUGCACUGGUAUGGAUAUGUUACCUAUGCAUGUUAUAUGUUCCUAACAAUGUAUUCACUUCUUUUGUGCAAUUCAUUUGUCAGAGAAAGGAUUUAAAAUUAAUCUCUUGUGCUUUUAGCAAUUCUAAGACAAUUUUAAAAAUAGCAAUUAAAAUUCUCUUUCAAUGAAAAUGUUUGAUAUUCUUUAAUGAGCAAAAAAUUAUUUUGAAACCCAGCAACUCUUCAAUCUUGUAUUUUACAUACAUCAUUAGCAACUUUCAUACUUAUUUAAGAAAUAAACACUUCUAGUGUU